UGUGUGUGAAUUUUCACGUUUUUUUCGGACAGCAUCAAAUGAUUUAUCGCUAAUCGAAUUUAAAAUUAAAAUGCAAUUUUCUAUUUUAUGUUAUUUCGUGUAUUUCACGGGUAUUGAGUGGGCAGACAAGCCAAAACGCAUUGCAGUAUUACACAUACAACAAAUUGCUACAUAGCAAUGAUGCUGUUGCUGGUCAACUAGUCAGCACCUCCAUUCCUAAUGCGAUGGUUUUCCAAAUUUAUUGCUAGUGACUUGCGUGCUUUCGCCAGACGUCGGUGUCGACGCUGUAUCGUGCAUUAGAUUUUAGGCUGCGAUGAGCCGCGAUCCGUCGCGAUCAAUACCGGCAAUCGUUUUUCAGUGAACGUCAAAAAAAGUUUUUUUGUUAUUAUUUAUUUAUUUUUUUUUUCGCUGUUAAUGAAAGUACUUAGUUCUAUUUUGGCAUUGAUGGUAGCACAAAUAAAUUUCACUUAUUAAAGCAACAAAUUUUGUGAAUCGACAAGCAUUUACGCGUUCAUUCCGAGAUAUACAAAUAUUUGAGUUGCGUCAGAAAACUAAAAAAGAAAUUAAAAACAAACAAACAAAAUGAGUUUACAGUCUAUUAAAUAUGCUCCGGGAAAAUUGGAUAUUUUGGAUCAGCUGUUGCUGCCAGUACAGUCGAAAUACGUAGCCGUGAAAGGUGUCGAGGAUGGUUGGAAAGCCAUUAAUAAAAUGCAGGUCCGUGGCGCACCAGCCAUCGCCAUUGUGGGUUGUCUCUCCCUGGCUGUGGAAAUAUUACCCGAACAAUUUGAUUCCAAAAAAUCGCUACGACAAGAGAUCGAGGGCAAACUGAAUUACCUGGUAUCGGCGCGUCCCACGGCCGUGAACAUGAAAAUUGCCGCCGACGAGCUAAUCGCCCUAGCAAAUGAGCUGACGAAAGACGAAGCGAUUGAUGUACAAGAAAUGAAACAGAGAUUUUUGGCUGCCACCGAAGCGAUGCUGCAGAAAGACAUUGCCGACAAUAAAGCGAUUGGCACAAAUGGUGCCGCUGCCAUUUUGGAUAUUAGCGGUAAAGACUCAUCUGUACGUGUGCUGACACAUUGCAAUACUGGCUCCUUGGCUACUGCGGGCUAUGGCACAGCUUUGGGUGUGGUGCGGAAGUUGCAUGAACUGAAAAAAUUAGAGCACGUCUACUGCACGGAGACACGUCCAUAUAAUCAAGGCGCGCGCCUAACCGCCUACGAGCUGGUGCACGAUAAACUUCCGGCCACACUGGUCUUGGACAGCAUGGUGGCGGCGUUGAUGCGUGCCAAAAAUAUUGCUGCCGUCGUCGUUGGCGCUGAUCGGGUGGCUGCCAACGGGGAUACGGCCAACAAAAUUGGUACUUAUCAAAUUGCCGUUGUGGCCAAGCAUCACGGUGUGCCUUUCUUUGUCGCCGCGCCGCUGACAUCGAUUGAUUUGCAAAUUCCCAGCGGCGAUCACAUUAUCAUUGAGGAGCGGCCCGAUCGCGAGAUGACACAUGUGGGCGAGCACAGAAUAGCAGCGCCAGGCAUCAACUGUUGGAAUCCAGCCUUCGAUGUCACGCCAGCUUCGCUCAUUUCGGGUAUUAUAACGGAGCGUGGUGUCUUCAGUCCACAGCAUCUGAAGCAUGAGAUUAGCGCCGUGUUGGGCGUGUGAAUUUUUUCGUAAUAAAAGUAUAUUAAUAUAAUAAAACUUAAUUACAUGAAAUAUGGCCUUUGUUGAGAAAAGGUGCCUGCUUGUUACGCUUCCAUUAUGUGCGUACAGAAAGCUUUUUUUUAUUAUUUGACUUGAUUUCAUAACAAAUACAAAUAUUUUGUAAAUGCUAUGCAAAUGUCAGUGAAUUUCUUAGCUUUAAGUUGUGAUAUGUAAACACAGAAUCCGCCUAAUUGUUGCUCCACAUCAAUAAAACGAAACAAAAAAGACGUACAA